UGUUCGUAGUUUCGUACGAAGUAGUAUAGCCUACCAUAGUACAAUACAUUACUAUUUAAUACCUACUAAUUACAAUUUACAACUCGAUUCCUUAAAUUUGUCAUAUUAUUUUUAUUUAUUAUGCUCAUAUUAUAGUCAUAUUGUUUAUAUUUUUUAGUUUACCACUGUUGAAGUCUCCAUUAGUAUUUUUUUUUAAUAUGAAUGAAAAUAAUGUUUUUGGCAAAUCUUUCAAAACAUACUUAAGUGAUACUGAUAGUUCUUCAACACAUUCAUCUUGUGAAUGUAACGAUGUCAACUCAAAUGUUUCGGAUUUUGAAUGGGAAAAUGAAAUAACUGACCAGGGAGAACUAUUUUAUGUUAAAUGUUCACCACGAAAACAGACAAAAUAUACCAAACACAACAAGAUUGAAUCAAAUGAUGUUCCAAAAAAGACCAAAACCGCAGCAGGGAAAUUAGUUAAGCUUUUGAAACGUAAAAAAAGGGGUAGAGAUAGAAAUGAUGGUUCUAAACAUACUGGAAAUUCUAACAAAGUCACUUUUUUGGACACACAAGAAGGAGAGGUGAGAGAAGUUACAGUUGAAGUUGAAAAUGAUAGUUAUAGUAAUCUUGGGAGAAGAGCUACAUUGACUGAAAAGCUACUGGGCUUAUCAACAACAGUUUUUGAAGACGGUUUGCGUAUAAUGGUAGCAUCAAUUAUUCCAAAUACUCCUGUUGAUAACCAGAGAUCUAUAAAAAUAGGAGAUUGGCUUAAAAUUAUUAAUGGAGAAAUUGUCACAGCUAAAACUUUGGAUCAAAUUCUAUCAAACAUAACUCCACCAACUACAGUUACGGUAGUUGUUCAAAGAGUUGCAGUUAGCUUAGUUGGUGAUGAUAAACAUAAUAACCAACAGUUAUCAAGUUAUUUAUCUUUGAAGACUAUUAAUGAUGAAUUUGUAUCGGAACUUGCUAAAUAUCCUGUAGCUGUCAUGUACCUCAUGUCUGAAAAUUCAAAUACUAUUUAUGUGUAUCCUGGACCAUUAUCUAUAUUUAAUCAAAUUAAAGGAGCUUUUCAAACUAUUAGCCAUAUUGUUCCACAGAUUGUCAAAAACCAGACUAAAAGUACAUCAAUGAUAUGUGAUGAUCAACUAGUUCAUUCAAUAUUUUUAUUUGAAGGGCAAGGAACGUUUAUUUUUAUUGCUCCAGAUUCAAAGUUAAAUUUAACCUAUGCUAAUUGGAUGGCUUCUAACAUAGUAAGAAAUUUAUAUUUCUGCUAUGAAAAUUUAAAUAGUUGCUUUUCAAAUGAGGAUAAUCAUUGCUCAUUAGAUAAAUACUUUACAAUCAUAUUCUCGGAGUUAUAUGAUAUCAAUAUGUUUCACAAUAUAGAAAAUUCUCACAACCUUGAAAAAUAUUUACCUGCCUCUAAAAGUAUUCCUUUGCCAAGAAGUAUUCAAAUGGAACUUGAUGAUAUAUUAAAUGAAUUUGAGGCCAAUUAUGUAUGUGAAGACACCAGAGAACCAAGACCAUAUUUGAUUAUUGGUACAUCAAUUUAUUACAAGGAAUACUUAUUGUCAUCUCACUUGAAUUGUGAAGAUCAUUUGGAUAUUCACAUGUUUUGCUUACAAAAUGGUUUGUUUCAUCUGCUUAACUCAGAAUACUUGGAGCGUUUAAUAAUAUUUAGAAGAGUAUAUCCUUCGUCAAUUAGAUCAAAUAGUACAUUUGUUGGCUCUGUGUACACGCUACCAAAAGCUAAAUGGUAUUUAUUGAUAGUCGGACGUGGAAAUAAUCUUAUGGCGACACUCCUUGAAGUUGGUCCUUGUUGUCUAAACAAUGAAGUUUUUGAUGGACCCAAUGUUGAAUAUGUUGAAGAAGCUGAAGAUACGUUAGAAAGUAUUCUGAAUAUGAAUGUUGAUGAAGUUGCAGAAAAAUGGAUUGAAGGUAAUAUAAUGCAAAUAAACCAAAUGGAAAACAUAAAAAAUGCAGGAUUAAACAUGUCUGCGAAUAAUAAACAAUUAAGUGGUUUGCAAUUAAAAAAACCAGAAAUAAUUUCUAUAUUAAAACAUAAAAAUGACAUCACAUCAAAUCCACAGUUACUUAAUGAUUCUAGACAGUUGGAUUCAUGUUCAGAAACAAGUUUAACAAGUAGUGGAGCACCUAGCACAGAAGACAGCAUGUAUGUACAAGGACCAGUGUUUGGUCGUCGAGCUGAACGCAUGAUGAAAGCUUCAUCAAUUGAGUGGUCUGAUAAUUCUGAAGAUGAAUAUACCGUUUCAGAUGGUUCACGGUCAAUAGAUAUGACAGAUAUUACAAAGAAUUUGCCUGUAUUACCAAAUAAAUUUGGUUUAGGCAAAUUAUGUAUGCUAUUUCGUUAUCUUGAUAUAAACUGUCAUACUGGUGUUAUGCUAUGUUCACCAUCAAUAUACAAUGAAGAUAAUUUAAAAACCAAAGAUAUAUUCAAAACUAUUGAUGACAAAUUUAAUUCAACUGUUACUAUAAUACGAGAUUUAUUUGAUGAUUCAAAUCAGGAUGAAAACAAAAUAAAUGAGAUAGGGGUUUUAUUUCAAAUACUUUCAUCAAACACAGAUUCUCCAAAAAAAUCAUCUAUGAUAAAAUUCUGGGUAAUGGGGAGAUUAAUCAAAGAACCAAAUAAACGAGAGUUAUAUGUUUGUCAUGAAGAAGGGAUACCUCAAAAUAUGGUUGAAAUUGCAUUUAAAUUGUGUACAAAUUAUGCAACUGGAUAGAAACAAAUUAUGUUAUAAAAUAAAUAUUUAUAAAUAAAAUUAUUAUUAUGUUAUGUACUAUGGGUGGUCAACAUAAACAUGUUCGCGAGCCACAUAGACAAAUACAAUUAUGCGAAGAACCAAAAUGUUAAUAAAUACAUUAUAUAUAAUUUAAUAAAUUUUUAUAAAUGAUUACCAAAAAUAUUAAAACUUAAGACAAUAGUAAGUAAAUUUUGAUUGUAAAAAUAAGACGCGAGCCCUAUCUGACUAUGAUGAGAGCCGCAAGUAGGCCACCCCUAUUACGUAUUAUUAUUAUAUUAAAUUGAAUUAUAAUAAAUUUGUGUUAUUUGUGGUCAAGUAGACAGUGGUUAUGUGAAUAAUAAA